AUGCCUGCCAAACAACAGUGGGACGAGGAGAAGAGCGACUCCAGCACUCCUCCAUCUUCACCCCCAGUCACGGCUGUUCGCCGACGCCAGUUCGAAGACGAGGAAGACGACAGCGACGUUCUCGACUCCUGGGAUGCUGCCGAGGAUUCCGAGGUAGAAAGGGAAAAGCAACGCAAAGUUGCCGAGGCCAAGGCCAAGGCCGAGGCCGAAGCCGCCGCGAACAAAAAGUCCAAGGCCCAGCGUAUCGCCGAGCAUCAAGCCACCAGGGCCCUCCAACGUGAGGAAGACGAAGACGACAGCGAAGACGACGAAACCGAAACGCAGCGCCGUGAAAGACUUCGCCGCACAGAACAAGAGGCCGACCUCCGCCAUGCGGAAGAUCUCUUUGGCGGCGUUGGCAUCAGCAGUGGUCGCAAGGCCAACACUGCCGGCGCCGCCGUCGUGGUGGACGACAAGGACCCUUCCAAGACUGUCAACAUCGCCUCUCUGCCCUUGUUCAACCCACAGACCAAGAAGCAAUUCGAACUUUUGCGCACGACCCUUGCGCCCAUCAUCAGUAGCAACACCAAGAAGGCCCACUACGGUCUUUUUCUCGAAGAGUUCGCCAAGGACUUGGCCAAGGAGUUGUCGAGCGAUCAGGUGAAAAAAGUCGCCAGCGCGUUGACUCGCCUGAGCAAUGAAAAAAUGAAGGAAGAAAAGGCCUCCGAGAAGGGAGGCAAGAAGACCAAGGCUGCAAAGACCAAGACCUCGCUCGUCACCGGCCGUGCCAACACUGCGGAUGUUUCCACCUAUGACGAGGAUGCCUUUGGAGAUGACGAUUUCAUGUGA